CUUUCCAUAUGGGGAUGGGGAAGUCUUGGCGUUGUGCUUUUUCUAGUAACUUUUGGACCCUUCGCUAUAUUUUACUUUGCAUUUUAUAUCCUCUGCUUUGUGGGUGGGGGUUUUGUGGUUACUCUUUUAUUUGGAAAAAGCAACUCAGAAAAAUACCUUGAGCAGUGUGAACAUUCGUUUCUUCCUUGUACAUCAGUUGGGAUCCCUAAGUGCAUAGAAGAAAUGAAACGUGAAGCCAGACCUAUUAAGAUUGACAGAAGACUGACAGGUGCAAAUAUAAUUGAUGAGCCUUUGCAACAGGUAAUCCAGUUUUCGCUGAGAGACUAUGUGCAGUAUUGGUAUUACACUCUAAGUGAUGAUGAAUCGUUUCUUCUGGAAAUCAGGCAGGCUGUUCAGUAUGCACUUGUUCAGUUUUCUGCCAGGUCAAAGGAAACAGACUGGCAGCCUUAUUUCACUACACGACUUGUUGAUGACUUUGGCACUCAUCUUCGAGUUUUCAGAAAAGCUCAGCAAAGAAUAGCAGAGAAAGGUGAUCAGAUGAAAGACCAAGCUGAGGAACUUGUAGAUACAUUCUUUGAGGUUGAAGUCGAAAUGGAAAAAGAAGUCUGUCGUGAUCUAGUCUGCACUUCUCCCAAAGAUGAAGAAGGAUUCCUAAGGGAUCUGUGUGAGGUUUUACUGUAUAUAUUGCUACCUCCUGGAGACUUCCAGAACAAGAUCAUGCGAUACUUUGUCAGGGAAAUCCUCUCCCGAGGAAUUCUUCUUCCUUUAAUAAACCAGCUCAGUGAUCCUGAUUAUAUUAAUCAGUAUGUCAUAUGGAUGAUUCGUGAUUCCAACUGUAACUAUGAGGCCUUUAUGAAUAUUAUUAAAUUAAGUGAUAAUAUAGGAGAAUUGGAAGCAGUGAAAGAUAAAGCAAGUGAAGAACUGCAGUAUCUUCGAUCGCUAGAUACAGCGGGAGAUGAUAUCAACACUAUAAAAAAUCAAAUAAACAGUUUAUUAUAUGUUAUUAAAGUAUGUGAUUCAAGAAUUCAGAGGUUGCAAUCGGGAAAAGAAAUAGAUACUGUGAAACUGGCAGCAAACUUUGGAAAACUUUGCACAGUCCCUCUGGACCAUAUUCUGGUAGACAAUGUUGCACUACAGUUUUUUAUGGAUUACAUGCAGCAGACUGGUGGCCAAGCACAUCUGUUUUUCUGGAUGACAGUGGAAGGAUACAGGGUUACGGCACAGCAACAGCUGGAGGUACUUCAAAGUCGGCAGAAAGAUGGAAAGCAUCAGACUAAUCAAACCAAGGGUCUAUUAAGAGCAGCUGCAUUUGGAGUUUAUGAGCAAUAUUUGUCAGAAAAGGCAUCUCCAAGAGUUAAUAUUGAUGACAACUUAGUAGCAAAACUGGCAGAAACACUCAACCAUGAGGAUCCAACACCUGAAAUCUUUGAUGACAUUCAGAGAAAGGUGUAUGAAUUGAUGCUGCGAGAUGAAAGAUUCUACCCUUCGUUCAAACAGAAUGUGCUCUAUGUGCGUAUGUUAGCUGAGCUGGAUAUGCUGAAGGAUCCUAGUUUCAGAGGAUCAGAUGAUGGUGAAGGAGAAUCUUUUAAUGGGUCUCCUACUGGCAGCAUAAAUCUGUCCUUAGAUGACCUUUCAAACGUCCCUUCUGAUGACACAGUUCAACUCCACGCAUACAUCUCAGAUACCGGAGUGUGUAAUGACCACGGCAAGACAUACGCACUGUACGCUAUCACAGUCCAUCGGCGAAAUCCAAACAGCGAAGAGACAUGGAAGACAUAUCGACGCUACAGUGACUUCCAUGACUUUCACAUGAGGAUCACUGAGCAGUUUGAAAACCUUGCAAAUAUACUGAAACUUCCUGGCAAAAAGACAUUUAACAAUAUGGACAGAGAGUUUUUGGAAAAGAGGAAAAAAGAUUUAAAUGCAUACUUGCAGCUCUUACUAAAUCCUGAAAUGAUGAAGGCUUCUCCAGCUUUAGCCCAUUAUGUGUAUGACUUCUUGGAGAAUAAAGCCUACAGCAAAGGGAAGGGGGAUUUUGCACGGAAGAUGGACACAUUUGUAAACCCACUGCGUAACUCUAUGAGAAAUGUAUCAAAUGCAGUCAAGUCUCUCCCUGACAGCCUGGCAGAGGGAAUGACUAAAAUGUCAGACAACAUGGGUAAAAUGUCAGAGAGAUUGGGACAAGACAUAAAGCAAUCAUUUUUCAAGGUGCCUCCUUUGAUCCAGAAAACCUAUUCAGAUCCUGACCAUUGCCGUGUUGCAGCACCAAUUGAUGACAAUGUGGAUGACAAUAUUCCACUGAGAGUGAUGCUCCUCCUCAUGGAUGAAGUCUUUGAUUUAAAGGAAAGAAAUCAGUGGUUAAGAAGAAAUAUAAAAAAUCUGCUUCAGCAGCUUAUUAGAGCAACAUACGGUGACACAAUUAAUAGAAAAAUAGUAGAUCAUGUUGAUUGGAUGACAUCUCCUGAGCAAGUAGCAGAUGCGGUAAAACGCUUCAGAGAUGCUUUUUGGCCCAACGGCAUUUUAGCAGAGAGUGUUCCACGGAGGGACAAAGCUAUUAGAAUGAGAACGAGAGUGGCAGGGAAGACCAAAUUACUGGAGGUAAUGCCAGAUGAACUGAAGCACAUCAUAGGUGCUGAGACAACUCGGAAAGGCAUUCUUCGAGUCUUUGAAAUGUUCCAGCACACUCAACUGAAUAAGAGAAUGGUGUACGUGUUUCUGGAAAGAUUUCUAGAAACCUUAUUUCCACAGAAUAAGUUCCACGAGCUCUUCAACAAACUGCAUUCACGGUCAAAGCAGAUGCAGAGGUAUAAACAGAGACUACAUUCUACUCAAGCGCCUUCUUUGCAGAAGAGUCUUCUAGUGUCACAUAUUAGAUUAUUAAUGCAUCUGUAAGACCUGUGGAUCUUCUUAUCUUCACUUGUAAUUCAACCACUACCAGAAGGGUUUGUGUACCUUAAAUGAUUUGGUGCGUCUUCAUGCAACAUUGAGAAGAAUAUUGGCCCAAUGUGUAAGAAUGCUGAUUCCUUCCAUUCCUGAGUCGAUGUUUUGCCAGCAGUGAAAAGUGCCAGACUGUAUGAGUAAAGCACAACUGCGGUGAUGCAGUGGAAGAAAAGGAUGUUUUGGCACUGGGAGAUAGUGCAAUGUGUGAGAAUCAGGUGGAAUUCUUCUGUGUUAUGACUGAGGCUCUGUAGGGCGCUCUCAACAUUCCUGUAAAGGCUGAGCUAACAGGAAGAGUAGUCUCUGGAAUAGCAGGUUCAUAGGAGAGGGGAGAAAUAGUUAUAGCCCUAUCAUAAAAGUACAUUUAUUAGAGAAAAGUUGAGGUAACGUGGCCUUUAUGCCGCAUUUCCUUCACCUUUCAUGUUUUGCAAAAUAAACUAACAUUAGAUCUAAUGGGGGUUUUAGUAAAGGCAGAGGUGCAGUAGAAAUAAACCCUUUGUUUUGUAGCUUUAAGGGCCAUAUUCUGCUCUUAUAGCACCUGGCAUACAUUUUGCAUGUAACUUCAGCGGAGAAGGAGCAUCCUAUUUAUGUUUGGUUGGCAUGUUUGAGCAUAUGUCACGUUGAUAGUUGUAGAAGGAAGGGGGUACAUGUUUCAAAGAGGAUAUACAUCAUGUUAAAAGAUGAGGACAUUGCACUAAAAACACAGUUACACACAACUCCCCACUAAAUUUUGAAACUUUUUUGGGUGUAAAAGACUGUCCUACUAAAUUGAAAGAUUCCUUACCUUUUAGUCUGUAACCCUCAUUAUGGAAAAAUACUAGAAUUAGUUGGUUCCUCACAGGUAAAGGAUUUCAUUAGGCAUAUGCAAACACUUGGAAAUUCCUGAAUGCAUCUCAGUGUAUAUAUGAAAAUAAAAAGGAGAUAAAACUACAAUA